UACCCGUAUACGUUUACGGACGCAGCACGCUGGGAGCCGUUUACGACGUUCACUGGGAAACAUGUCGGCUCCUCAGACAACGACAAAGGAGGCCCCGGACCAACAUGACCCAGAAACGCCGACAGAGUCAUCAGCCGGACCCAGCGAAGUCAAAGAAGCCCCCGCCACGUCUGCAGCCACGGUGGAGCCCGUAGGCGGUGCGCUGUCGUCGCUGACGUCCAAGCAGCCGGAGAAGGACAUGUCUGACGCUGCCGAUGACGAAGAGACGUGGUCCCCUCCUUCUUCGCCGCUCAGCAAACCUGCUGCAGGUCAUGCAGCUAAGUCCAUUUCGUCCAUGUCUCCUUGUCCCUACUCGUCCUCGCCGCUGUCGCCGGGCCGAGCGAAGAUGAGCAUCUCUGGGCCUUCUACCAGUAAAUCCAACCUCCCUUCAACCUCCUCUUCCCCGUCUCCCUCCGCUCCGUCCACUCCCUCUGCCUCCCCGGGGCCGCACAAAAUCCACCGGGCCCGGAAGACCAUGAACAGGCCCCCGUUCGGCCAGAUGAAUCACGCUGAUCCUCCUGCUGUGUCUGGGACUCCUUCAGGAUCUUGCCUCUCUUCUGACUCUGAAACCGCUGCUAAAAAGAUGAAGCUAUCCGAGGGCGUACCUGAGACAUGUGAAAAAAUAGCAACCAAGGCUCAAACUGCAGAGGAGAAGUUGUUUCAUAAAAAGCAGGAGUCUGGUACAGAUGCAGCUUUGGGGAAGAGCAGAACCUCCUUAGGGAAGUCAGCUGAUGAUGGAAGCCACUUUCCAGACUCUGAAAAGUUGGAAGGUGGAGGUGAAGAGAGGCCGCAGACAGCAGACCCAGAAGAUCAGAGUCUGGAGUCCGAGAGAAGGUCUUCACAGCCGCUGUCGGAUCAGGACAAAGACACGAUCACCGUUGAUUUGGUGCCAACAGAGGAGGCAGAAAGGUCUGGGGAAUACACAGAAGUUCCUUUGGGUGCUUUGGACAUCGCUGCUGCCGACAGCCUCACUCUUUCUCCUCCUGCGGAGGGAAGCGAAGCCGGCGACAUGGAGCGGCUGGAGGAGCUUCCUCUGUGCAGCUGCAGGAUGGAGGCUCCUCGGGUCGACAGCACCAGCCAGCGGGUCAGCAGACAGUGCAUGGCCACGGAGAGCCUCAACGGAGAGCUACGAGCUUGCACCAACUGGACCAUGAAAGCGGAGACGAUGCGGCCGUCCAGUCGGAUUCCCCUCAUGGUGCUCUGUGACGUCCAUCGCUCUCACAUGGUCAAACACCACUGUUGUCCCGGCUGUGGAUACUUCUGCAUAGCUGGCACUUUUCUGGAAUGCUGCCCCGACCAGCGGAUCGCGCACCGCUUCCACCGCGGCUGCGUGACGGUGCUGAGCGGCGGGCGCAGCAAAGCCAACGGCGGCGGGAUGCUUUUCUGUCCGCACUGCGGCGAAGACGCCUCGGAGGCCCAGGAGAUCACCAUCCCCUCCGCGGCCUCGACCUCCGCAACCACCGUGGUCACCAUGUCCGCCUCCUCUACAACAACGCCCUCGCUGCCGCCAUCUGCCCCGACGGCGCCCUCUCUCACUGCCUCCACAGGGGGGAUGAAGGACGGGAAGAUGCCUGAACGACCUGUCAGCGCUCGAAUGCGGAGCCACGGCUUGGUAACUCCUACAGUGGAGCAGCAGCCUCCCCAGCCCGUACCCUCAGCGACGACCGUACCUGCUGCACCGCCGGCGGAGGAGGGAGUGGACAGCGUGGGGCCGUCGCUCUGCAUGCCAAACGGGAAAUCAGUCAGCCCAAGCGCGCUACCACCCGGGCCCAGCAGGGCGGCGCUGCAGAAGGCAAUCCUUACGCAGGAAACAGAGAGGAGAAAGAAACUGAGGUUCCACCCGCGGCAGCUGUAUCCCGCUGCAAAGCAAGGAGAGGUCCAGCGAGUGCUGCUGAUGCUGAUGGAGGGCAUCGAUCCAACAUACCAGCCUGAGUCUCAGAACCGACGUUCAGCUCUUCACGCUGCGGCCCAGAGGGGUCUGCUGGAGGUCUGCUACAUGCUGAUACAGGCUGGAGCUCAGGUGGACGCCAAGGACAAAGACCUGAGGACCCCCCUGCUGGAGGCUGUUAUCAAUAAUCACGUGGAUGUGGCUCGUUACCUGAUCCAGAACGGGGCCUGCGUUUAUCACGUCGAGGAGGAUGGAUAUACUGGCCUCCACCAUGCAGCCAAGUUGGGAAACCUGGAAAUCGUCAACAUGCUUCUGGAGACGGGGCAGGUUGAUGUGAACGCUCAGGACAACGGCGGAUGGACGCCGAUCAUCUGGGCUGCAGAGCACAAGCAUGUUAAAGUGAUCAAAUCGCUGCUGAACAGAGGAGCUGAUGUGUCCAUUAAAGAUAAGGAGCUGAACGUGUGUCUCCACUGGGCGGCGUACGCUGGAAACAUAGACAUAGCAGAGCUGGUGUUGAACGCCGGCUGCUCCCUCUCGUCGGUGAAUAUGCACGGAGACACGCCGCUCCACAUCGCUGCCAGAGAGGGAUACUUGGAAUGCGUCACAUUGUUUCUGUCGAGGGGUGCAGAUAUCGACAUCAUGAACAGGGAGGGAGACACGCCUCUCUCCCUUGCCCGGCCCGACACGCCCGUCUGGGUUUCGCUACAGAUCAACAGGAAGCUGCGGAGAGGAAUCGCCAACCGACUGAUUCGGACGGAGCGAAUCAUUUGCAGCGACGUCGCUCAGGGCUACGAGAACAUACCGAUUCCCUGCGUGAACGCGGUGGACGACGAAGGCUGUCCGUCGGAUUAUAAAUACGUCUCAGAAAACUGCGAGACAUCGGCAAUGAACAUAGACCGAAACAUCACACACUUACAGCACUGUAGCUGUACUGACGACUGCUCCUCCAGUAACUGCCUCUGUGGGCAGCUGAGCAUCCGCUGCUGGUAUGACAAGGACCAACGGCUGCUUCAGGAGUUCAACAAAAUCGAACCUCCUCUCAUAUUCGAAUGCAACAUGGCGUGUUCGUGUUACAGAACGUGCAAGAACCGAGUGGUCCAGGCAGGCAUAAAAGUUCGUCUGCAGCUCUACAGGACGGAGAAGAUGGGCUGGGGCGUUCGAGCGAUGCAGGACAUCCCCCAGGGCAGCUUCAUCUGCGAAUACGUCGGGGAGCUGAUCUCUGACGCUGAAGCUGAUGUCCGAGAAGACGACUCCUACUUGUUUGACCUUGACAACAAGGACGGCGAGGUGUACUGCAUAGACGCGCGUUACUAUGGCAACAUCAGCCGCUUCAUCAACCACCUGUGCGACCCGAACCUGAUCCCGGUGCGCGUGUUCAUGCUGCAUCAGGACCUGCGGUUCCCUCGCAUCGCCUUCUUCAGCUCCAGAGACAUCCUGAGCGGACAGGAGCUGGGGUUCGACUACGGCGACCGUUUCUGGGACAUCAAGAGCAAGUAUUUCACCUGUCAGUGUGGAUCCGAGAAGUGCAAGCACUCGGCCGAGGCCAUCGCUUUGGAGCAGAGCAGGCUGGCUCGGAUGGAGGCCUGCUCAGAGUCGGGAGCUGACUGCGGCAUGACCAUGAUGGGGAACUGUUAAAAAAAAAAAAAAAACACUCACAGCCACCGGGCCUUCAGACUGAACCCCACCCAGUUUACAGGCGCACACGCAGUCGACAGCAGACGCGGGGUUUGCCAGUUGUGGUGCUUUUAUGUUUUACGUUUUUUUCCUAAAGCUGUCACUUUAUUGUGUUCACUAUUGCAGAAAUCAUAACCUUUAAAUUUAAAAAAGGACCAGAGGUAAAACGGUUUCCAGACGUUUUUGUUCUGUUUGUACUUGUGUUGGUGUAGCAGAAGACGAAUCAAAGAUCUGUGCUGGAUGCCUUCAUUAACCAUUUAUAUGUGGUUAUAAAGUCCUUCGUUUGCACAUUUCCUGUAGUGCCAACAACACAAUGCAUUGUGGCAAAAACGUGAAGCGUCAAACUGAAGGCCUCUCUCGACUCAUAGGGGAACUAAUCGUGUCAGUUUGUGGAUGAAUGCUUGUUGUAGUUUAGUUGUCUUUAUUUUUUAUACAUGUUUCUUCUGUCACUUGUAGUGAAAUAAAACAGCAAAUGACUUCA